GGGAGAAACAACCACCCAGAAUGCUCUCCAUACUCCGAAAAGCGCGUCUAAAGGACAAGGAGAUGAGAAUCUUGAUGCUGGGCUUGGAUAAUGCCGGCAAGACCACCAUCGUAAAGAAGAUUAUGAACGAAGAUGUGAACAGCGUCAGCCCUACUCUUGGCUUUAUCAUCAAGACAAUAGAAUACGACGGAUACAAGUUGAACAUUUGGGAUGUUGGCGGCCAGAAGACGCUGCGGACAUACUGGAAGAACUACUUCGAGAAGACGGACACGCUCAUCUGGGUGGUUGAUGCGACGGAUCGCGAGCGGAUAGACGACUGUCGACAGGAGCUGGCGGGGCUGCUCCUGGAAGAGCGUCUCUCGGGGGCAAGUCUACUGGUUUUCAAGAACAAGAGCGAUGUUCCCGGCGCCAUGACAGAGGACGAGGUGCGCGAGGUGGGUACAGCUGACGAAGAUGUUGAGAUGGGUUGUCAGGCCAAUAGUAACGGCGUGCAGGGACUGCGACUCGAUGCGAUCAAGACACACAAAUGGACCAUCAUGACGUGCAGCGCCAUGACGGGCGAGAACCUGCGCGAAGGUCUUGAAUGGGUAGUGCAGGACGCAAAAGCUCGACUCUUCCUGUAUUAACAAAGCGUGUCAGGCACCGCAUGUCGGUGCAAGGGGCAACGCAGGCCCAAAAAGCUAGAUGCGGGUAGGAGUGGAGCCGGCGUCUCAGCACUUGGAACCAUAACAAACAUGGAAUUGACUGAAAGCUUCCUGCG